CGCUGCGUUUCAGCACAUGUCCAACGUUGCCCAUUUAAGGACGCCGAGUGGGAGACUGGGGAAUGACGUGUGACGUGUGCAACGCCGAGCCAGGAGCGGAUCUGUUGGUGGAACGGCGGGGAGAGCAAGAUACGGUUGCAUUGCUGUCCACUGAAGUCACCCCACCAUGCGUGAAUACAAGCUAGUGGUGCUCGGCUCAGGAGGAGUGGGCAAGUCUGCACUGACAGUCCAGUUUGUUCAGGGUAUUUUCGUGGAGAAGUAUGACCCCACAAUAGAAGACUCCUACCGGAAGCAAGUUGAAGUAGAUGGCCAGCAAUGUAUGCUUGAGAUUCUAGACACAGCAGGAACAGAGCAGUUCACGGCUAUGCGGGACCUCUAUAUGAAGAACGGUCAGGGCUUCGCUCUGGUCUACUCCAUCACAGCACAGUCGACCUUCAACGACCUCCAGGACCUCCGCGAGCAGAUCCUACGAGUCAAGGACACCGAGGACGUGCCAAUGAUCCUUGUGGGCAAUAAGUGUGAUCUGGAGGACGAGCGUGUGGUGGGGAAGGAACAGGGCCAGAGCCUGGCGCGCCAGUGGAACAACUGUGCCUUCCUAGAGACCUCCGCCAAGUCCAAGAUCAACGUCAACGAGAUCUUCUAUGACCUGGUGAGACAGAUCAACAGGAAAACGCCGGUGGAAAAGAAGAAGGCCAAAAAGAAGUCCAACUGCACACUGCUCUAAACCUCCCCAUAGCAGCAGCUCUGAGCCAGAAUGCUGUCUGAAUGAAGAACUGUUGCUCCAGUGGACAGCAUUCCAACCUCACUCACCAUUUUUUCGGAAAACUCUUGGAAAACUGUCGGAAAAGGCCAAACCGGAGCCUCUCCCCUCGCAGCCUCCAAGCAGGAGGGGCGGGGGAGGGGCGUAGAGGGUGGGGUGGGGGGGGGGGUCCGCUCAAAACCCACCGCCACCAUCACCCCCACCCUCCGCGCUUUACUCCAACCCCCGGAUCAUCAUCUACCUUCGCAUUUCAACUAACGGAACUGUGCAGAACUGCUUGGAAAACACAGCAAAAGGAACCGGCACGGAACCGACACGGAACCGACCCCCCCCCCAUCCUCCCCAGCGCUUCCAGAGAAAGAGAGACAGAAUGUGAGAGAGAGAGAGAGAGAGAGUGAGUGAGAGUGUGUGAAGGAGAGCUAGAGAGCCACUCAGACUUUGGGAAUGAUGGUUGUGAUUUGGAGAUCUCUGGGAAUCCUCUGGCAGAACGGGAUCCGCCCCCUCCAGAUUUCUUGUCUGUUUUUUCAUCCAAUCAAAUCAACUCUGAAAAUCAAGAUAACGGCCUUCCGUCAUUAAUAAUUACCCCAACACUCCAAUACCCCCCCCCAAACCCCUCCACCCUGUCUCCCCAGCACUAAUACUCCUGUACCCCCCCCGCCCCCCUCCACCCAUGUGACCACCUCAUUCUUUAACUUUUAUUUUUCUCUUUCGUUUCUCUCCUCCUAAGUGACUUUUGUUUUGUAUUUAAAGUCUGCAGGCUAUCAUAUCUCCUAUAAUAAUAUAUACUGAUGUGGUGGCGGCCCAAGCUUCGGAGGUCACCUCAAGGCCAGGGAAAUAACAUGAAAUAAGAUUUCUAUGUCAUGGGGAAAAAAAAAAUCUAUUGUACUAAAACAAACUCUAAUAUUGUUUCUUGUGUUUUCCUGUCAAUGGCAAUGAAUAUGAUGAUAAUUUUCCAGCUUUUAUGAACGAUUAAAUUUUAGUAUGUUUUCA